AUGGAUGACAAAGCUCCAAGCUCAAGUUACUAUCAACAGGCAUUAGAAGAGUAUCAAGAACUUUCAAAAGAGGAAGAAGAAGAUGACUGGGAUACAAGAAUAGAUAAAACCGGUUGCUACGUAGAAAAUAUGGCCCUCCAACUUUGUCACGCAGAUACUAAUGACUGGAGACAGUGUCUUAAUGAGAUGGCACUAUUCAAGAAAUGUUGGGAGUCCAAGGGAAAUAGAGAACGGGUUGGCACAGUAGACAGAUGA